AUGGCUUCGUAUGAGGAGAUGAUCACCAGCAGUCCGAUCGACGAAGCUCCUUACGUGGAAGAGGAUGACAUGGUGGAAGACGACGAGGUCCGCCGAGACGGCAUGCAAGAGUACGAGCAUGACCCCGAGCGCGAGGUCUGGGGGACGCACGAGGAUGUGAAUGAAUACAACCCCGGCGGUUUCCACCCCGUACACAUUGGCGACGUGAUCCACGGCCGUUUCGAGGUCCUGCACAAGCUCGGCCAGGGAGGCUUUGGCAUGGUCUGGCUGUGCCACGACCGGGACACCGAGACCUGGAGAGCGCUCAAGAUUCUCUCGGCAUCGCAGACGGAAAAGUCUAAGGAGCCGGCUGUUAUUGCGCACUUGACCAAGCACCAUACGCCAGAGAAGCUCCAAGAAAGCCAUAUUCUCAUGCCGCUUGAAGUCUUUCAGAUCGAAGGGCCGAAUGGUAGGCAUAUCUGCCAAGUCCUCAGGGUAAUGGGCUACUCGGUCAGGGAGUGGCGGCAGCAGUCGGACGAGGAAGAGGACAAGUCUGGAGUGAAAAUGAGAAACAUGUGUCACCAGAUUGCGCAGGGCACAGCCCUGCUGCACUCUGUCGGUGUAGUGCACGGAGAUCUCAGACCCUCCAAUAUUCUCAUGGAACUGGACCAGAAGACCCUGAACAACCUCUCCAAAGACGAGCUGCUGACCCUGGUGGACGAGGAACCCACGACCAUUCCAGUUUUCACAAAGAAUGGAGAAGACUGUGGAGCUCAUGCUCCUCGCUACACGGUCGCGCCCAUAUACAAGCCGUGGUUUGAGACGCUCCUCCUAGAAAAGGUUGCGAUUGGUGACUUUGGCGAGUCCUUUCGCAUCACUGAUCCCGAAAAGACCACCGGCAUCCCGUUAGAGUAUGCCGCCCCCGAGAUCCUGCUCCCGGGCAAGGCGGGUCUUGGUAGCGAUAUUUGGUCCCUAGCAUGUACACUGUACGAGACACGUACCGGCAAGCCGCUUCUCGGCUCCGAGGAAUGGAAUGGCGCACGCUUCGGGACGCUCGUGCAUGACAUUGAGGCUCUCCUCGGACCGCUACCAGAGCCUUUCCGCACUCGGUGGGAGGAGAGUGACUACAUUCAACCCGAUGUCCUCGAAGUACCAAAGAGUGAGAAAGAUCUAUUCGCCCUCGACAAUCAACCGGGCAUCCGGCCGGUGACCUGCACCCCGUCUCAGCUAGGCCUGGCAAAAAGGAUCCGCUUGUCGGGCACCCCGUACACUGACGUCUUCUGUGGUCUGCUCGGAAAGCAGCGAGGAGACUACGAGAGGCAUUACCUUGACGAAGAGGAGUUGGAGCAGAUGGAGGCUGAUGGUGUAGACAUGGAGGAGUUCUACGAAAAGUGCAGACGGGAGGCGGCAGAACAAGGUUACAAGUACACGGAACAGGAAAUAUUGGCCCUCGGAGGUCUUCUUGGCCAAAUGGUCAAGUAUGAGAGCGACGCACGACUCGCUGCCAGUUUGGUGCUUCAACAUCAAUGGUUCAAAGAUGUUGCUACGCCUCCACCAAAGCCGCUGGAGGAUACAGCGCCGCAACCUGAUACAGGCGCUGAGGAGCCAGUAAUCGGACAGAAUCCGCGCCCUCUCCAGUAUCAGCAAGUUUCUGUUCUUCUGGGCGUUUUCGGCGUGCUUCUAUCUCUGUCGUGUUGUGUUGCUUACGGUCUUAUAAGAUCAGACACCGGCAUAUUCAACGUAGUUUGGAAAGGGCUGAAAAGUGGGCAAAAUGUCGAAUGUACCUGUUGGACAUCGGAUUAA